ACGCUCGUUCGGGUAGAAUGUGACGCCAAAGCUCCCUGAGUGAAGUCUCACGGAGUAAAACAACGGCCAUCUUUCUCCAUGUAGUGCUUGGGUAGCAUUACCGAGCGUGUUGCUAUCACUUUGAGAAGCCUACAACUUUUGACAAGUUCAGUAUUAUCAUCCAAGUGACUAAACUUACUACGAACCGGUCACAAAGCAUGUUUGUGUUUACCGCAGCAAAGUUUUUUCGCUGACAUCCUUGUCCGGAUAGAUACUUGCCUAAACUGUCGCACAAAUGGAGAUGGUGCCUAACGAGGAGAACCAGUUCGUACCCCAAGAGAUCCAAAAUGCAGCAGAAGAGCCCAGGGUGCUCUGUAUCAUCCAGGACAUCACCAGUGCAAAGACGAUCAAUGAGAGGCUGACCCUCAAUCUGCCUGCUUCCACCUCCCUCUCCAAACUCUACGAAGAUGUCGCCCACAAAGCGGGAUAUGUGAAAGACACUUUUGACCUUGCCUGGGGAAAUACACCUGACAUGGCGCCCCUGGACCACAGCAGUGAGGCGACCCUCUCAGAUUCUGGUUUUGAGCCUGGUGGUAAGAAGAAUUUCCUCCAGCUCACAGAUAAAGAUGGAGAGCAGCCACAGAUUGCAUCGGAUGAAUCAGGAACAGCAGAUAGCAGUGGACUUGAUGACAGCUCUCAAGAGCGGUUUAUUGGGCCACUGCCUAGAGACAGUGCUGCAGGCAGCAGUGGAGACUACAGUAGUCCAUCUUACUCCUACUCGUCCAUCCUCAACAAAUCUGAAACGGGUUACGUGGGUUUGGUCAACCAAGCUAUGACCUGCUAUCUGAACAGUCUUCUACAAACGCUGUUCAUGACCCCCGAGUUCAGAAAUGCACUCUACAACUGGGAGUUUGAGGAGACUGAAGAGGAUCCAGUCACUAGUAUACCACACCAGCUGCAAAGGCUGUUUGUUCUGCUGCAGACUAGUAAGAAACGGGCAAUCGAGACCACUGAUGUGACACGGAGCUUCGGCUGGGACAGCAGCGAGGCUUGGCAGCAGCACGACGUGCAGGAGCUGUGCAGGGUCAUGUUUGACGCCUUGGAGCAGAAGUGGAAGCAGACGGAGCAGGCUGACUUGAUCAACCAGCUGUACCAGGGGAAGCUGAAGGAUUAUGUCCGUUGUCUGGAGUGUGGCUAUGAGAGCUGGAGGAUUGAUACCUACCUGGACAUUCCUCUUGUAAUCAGACCCUUUGGAGCCAGCCAGGCCUACGGCAGUGUGGAAGAGGCUUUGCAGGCAUUCAUCCAACCAGAAACUCUGGAUGGGCCCAACCAGUACUUCUGUGAACGCUGCAAAAAGAAAUGCGACGCCCGUAAGGGUCUGAGAUUUCUGCACUUCCCCUACCUGCUGACACUGCAGCUGAAACGGUUUGAUUUUGACUACACCACCAUGCAUCGCAUCAAGCUUAAUGACCGAAUGACUUUCCCCGAGGAGCUGGAUAUGAGUCCAUUCAUCGACGUGGAAGAUGAGAAGUCGCCUCAGACAGAGAGCUGCACUGACAGCGGAGCAGAGAAUGAAGGCAGUUGCCACAGCGACCAGAUGAGCAAUGAUUUUUCCACCGAUGAUUGUGUGGAUGAAGGCAUCUGCUUGGACAGCACUGGCAGCACAGACAGGGCGUUGAAGCCAAAGAGCUUGCCAAUCUUUGAGCUGUUCUCUGUCAUGGUGCAUUCUGGGAGCGCUGCGGGUGGUCACUACUACGCCUGCAUCAAAUCCUUCAGUGACGGCCAGUGGUACAGCUUCAACGAUCAGCACGUUAGCAAGAUCACCCAAGAUGAUAUCAGAAAGACGUACGGGGGAUCAUCAGGCACCAGAGGCUACUAUUCCAGCGCCUUUGCAAGCUCUACAAAUGCGUAUAUGCUGAUUUAUAGAUUGAAGGAUCCCUCGAGGAAUGCAAAGUAUUUGGCUGGGGAAGAGUUCCCAGAGCACAUAAAGAGUUUAGUUCAAAAGGAGAAAGAGUCUGAAGAGCAGGAAAAGAGACAGCGGGAGAUUGAGCGCAACACUUGCAAGAUAAAGCUUUUCUGCAUGCAUCCUGUAAAGAUGAUGAUGGAGAGCAAGCUGGAGGUACACAAAGACAAAACUCUCCGAGAAGCAACAGAAAUGGCCUAUAAGAUGAUGGAGCUGGAGGGAGUGGCGUCUCUGGACUGCUGCCGCUUGGUGAAGUACGACGAGUUUCACGAGUACCUGGAGCGCUCCUAUGAAGGCGAGGAGGACACACCGAUGGGUCUGCUGCUCGGAGGAGUCAAGUCCUCGUAUAUGUUCGACCUACUGCUUGAGAGCCGCAAACCGGAGCAAGUGUUCCAGCCUUACAAACCUGGAGAGGUGAUGGUGAAGGUUCAUGUUGUGGAUCUGAAGAGUGAGACCAUCGCCACUCCAAUCAGUGUUCGGGCGUACUUGAACCAGACGAUCACUGAAUUCAAACAGCUUAUUGCGCAGGCUACAGCGCUUUCUUCAGAAAGCAUGCGUGUGGUCCUGGAGCGCUGCUAUAACGACCUCCGGCUCCUGUAUGUUCCCAACAAGACGCUGAAAGCUGAGGGGUUCUUCAGGAGUAACAAGGUCUUUGUAGAGAGCUCCGAGUCGGCUGAUCAUCAGGUUGCUUUCACCGAAUCGCUCUUGUGGAAACUGUUGGAUCGUCACGGCAAUACGAUCCGCCUCUUGGUCCUACUCCCCGAGCAGUCUCCUGGCUCCUUGGCCAACAGGACUCUUGGCCAAAAAGUACAGCAGCAGGCCUCCAGCACUAGUGACAGCCAGAAAAGCUCUGACGCCAGCGACUUUGAACCCAUCGAAUCCCCGACCCGAGAGGCCGACUCUUCCCUCUGUGUGGCAGCAGACAACAGAGAGUUAGAGAACCGGAUCGGAGCCGCGGCGGGAGGCAGCAGCGGCGCCUCCUCCGACCCCGAGAACCACUUUGCCUGUGAGGAGCGCUCAGACUCUGAGGUGAACAACGACCGCAGCACCAGCUCAGUGGACAGCGACAUCCUGAGCUCCAGUCACAGUAGUGACACCCUGUGCAAUGCAGACAGCGGGCCCAUACAGCUGGCCAACGGCUUGGACUCGCACAGCAUCACAAGUAGCCGUCGCUCAAAAGCCCACGAGGGCAAGAAGGAGACCUGGGACACUGCUGAGGAAGACUCUGGAACAGACAGCGAGUACGACGACAAUGGGAAGAGCAAGGCAGAGGCACAGUACCUGUACUUCAAAGCAGAGCCUUGUUCGCAAGACGACUCCUCAUCGAAUGCACAAAAAUGUUUAGUGGUUCACGUGGACAAGAGAAUAACGCUAGCAGCAUUUAAACUGAACCUGGAGCCGUAUGUGGGAGUCGCCGCCACCCAGUUCAAGGUGUUUCGUGUGUACGCCAACAACCAGGAGUUUGAGAGUGUCCGGCUCAACGAAACGCUCUCCUCAUUCUCCGACGAUAACAAGAUAACAAUUAGAUUGGGAAGAGCACUGAAAAAGGGUGAAUACAGAGUGAAAGUGUAUCAGCUGCUAGUGAAUGAAGCAGAGCCCUGCAAGUUCCUCGUGGACACGGUGUUUGCCAAGGGCAUGACCGUCAGACAGUCCAAAGUGGAGCUGCUCCUUCAGAUGAAAGAGCAGUGCAAGCUUGACCUCAACAUUGACAGUGUUCGUCUCAGGAAAAAGACGUGGAAGAACCCAGGCACAGUGUUUCUGGAUUAUCAUGUCUAUGAAGAAGACAUCAGCAUCUCCUCCAACUGGGAAGUUUUCCUGGAAGUUCUCAAUGAACCGGAGAAGAAGUCCAUGUCCCAGCUGGCUGUCCUCACCCGGAGAUGGAGCCCCGCUACAAUGAAGCUGGGGCCCUUCCAGGAGGUUAUUCUGGAGAGCAGCAGUGUAGAAGAACUCAAGGAGAAGCUUAGCGAAAUUAGCAAUAUUCCUCUUGAAAACCUGGACUUUGCAAAGGGUAGAGGAACAUUUCCUUGUGAUAUUUCUGUGUUGGAGAUCCACCAGGAUUUGGACUGGAACCCUAAGGUGUUGACUCUUAACGUGUGGCCUCUGUACAUCUGUGACGACGGAGCUGUGGUGUUCUACAGGGACAGCACGGAGGACCCUAUGGAGCUGUCGGAUGAGGAGCGCAGUGAGCUGAUGAAGAAGGAGAGCAGCCGUCUGCUUAAGACGGGACACCGUGUCAGCUACUCGCCACGCAAGGAGAAGGCCCUCAAGAUCUACCUGGACGGAGGCCCGGCCAAGGACCUGGGGCAGGACUGAGUUGCUGAGCGCCGCUCCUCGCUAUCUGGAUCGCGUGGCUGCUGCAGCGGAGCAUCCAGGCUACGGGUCUCGGUGUGAGUGUCAAGCCUGGACGGGGACUUGAACAUCAAGCAGUGUCUCUCGUGCUCCACCCUGAGCCCAAUGACCGGCUCCGAAACCCUGUUGUGCACUAUAGUGUAUUGUACUGUAAAGGUUAAAGGGAAGUACAAAAGCUAUUGAAUACAGAUUAAAAAAAGACUGUAUAGACAAAUCAAUUGAUCGUAAAUAGCUCCAGAGAUGGAUGCAGAGAUGUUAGGACUGUGAAAUUGGCUAGAAAGCAUCCAUCCUGUCUAUUGAAGUCUCUUUCCCGCUUACUGCAUUUCUCCUCACGUUUCAGGAACAAUGUUGAUGCAGAUUCAUCUGUGACCGUAUUGUAAACCCAUGUGCUCACACUCUAUGAGCGAUGCUCUAAUAUAGACAUUAUUUUAAUCCUACAUUGCCUACCUUCCAUUCGAACAAUGUAAAAGCCAACAGCACACACAAACAAGAGCUUCUUAUCCAGCCUUCCUCAGCCUCUUGUGAGGCCAACCUCAUUCUCUCAGUGACUUUGACAAUUUUAUUUGCAGGAUUUUAUUCCUCCAAAAAGCAACAGUUGAUAACUUUCUACUCCGCUGAUGGGAUGAGUUUUCCUUACUGCUGCUCUUGUUGCUUAAUGGGGGCUUUACCUUUGCUACAUCACUUCCACUAGAUGUAAUGGUGCAUGGCUAAUGGUGGUCCUGUAAAACAAAGUACAAUGAAACAACCAAUGUUAAGAAUGCUCUUGCAUUGUUUUGAUUUCUUGUAAAUUAUUUUUUUGCUCCAAAUGCAACAAUCCAUCGAGGUCUUGCGGGGCACCAGGCGUGCAUCUGUUCUCUGCAUUUCCCUUUAAUUUAGAAAUUGGAUUUCUUUGUUUUUCUUCUAUUUUUAGCACCAUGCGAACUGGGUGUACAUCUCUUGUGUCAUUUGUGUGUGUGUGUGUGUGUGUGUGUGUGUUGUACUACGGGGUGGAAGCUCUCUGGGAUUUUGGAAGAGAGCCUGAGUUUGUUUAUGGCGCUUCUACCUGCUGCUGCUUGAUAGACUGUCACCAGAGGGUCUAUAAAGCCCAGUGGACUCCUCAGUCUGCCCGGGCGACUGAUGUAAAGACUGAGGCUCGGCAUCCCGGCCCCUCUGGGAUGCCGACGCUGCCACCAGCUAUUCACUGUAGAAAUGGCAAUAUCUUUUCUUGUUUUCUUUUUAUUGAUGUUAAUGUGUAUUUCUUUGAGAUUUAAAUCCUGUGUGGAGAUGGUAAAAGAUGAUUUUAGUAAUUAAUUAAAAUGCUUUUCUUUCAUAA